CAUAAUAUCGCGCCGUUCGAGGAGGAGGCGAUCUGGAACCCCCGGAUAGUCGUUUAUCACAACGUAAUCUACGACGAGGAAAUCGAGACGAUUAAGCGUAUGGCUCAACCUAGGUUAAGCCGCGCCACGGUGCAAAAUUACAAGACCGGCGCCUUGGAGAUAGCGAAUUAUCGGAUCAGUAAGAGCUCUUGGCUCCGGGAACAUGAGCACGUGGCGGCGGUGAGCAAGCGCGUAGAGCAUGUGGUCGAGACCACCGCCGAGGAGCUCCAGGUCGUCAACUACGGCAUUGGCGGCCACUACGAGCCGCACUUUGGCUUCGCCAGGGUAAAAAAAAGAAACGAAUACAUUCAAGAGGCCUCGGGCAACAGAAUCGCCACGGUGCUGUAUUAUGUAAGUGCUGUCCUCCGCGCGACUUCGUGUGUUUUUACCGCUAUCAACAUCUCGCUCUGGCCGCGGAAGGGCAGUGCAGCGUUCUGGUACAAACCCAACGGUGAGACCAGACACGCCGCUUGCCCGGUACUUACGAAGUGGGUCGCGAACAAGUGGCUACAUGAGAGGGGCCAAGAAUUCCCAUAGACCCUGCACAUUGGAAAACCAGGCGACGGACGAAGUGGUCAAGCAUUGAACAGUGACUCCCGAUCUUGACGGAAGAUCAAUCCGAAGAAACGCGUUUAACUAAGACACUCGGGACUCUCAGCUCUGACGAAUCAGAAGAAGACGCUUCAUCCAAGCGGCGACACGGGAUUGUCGUUUGAGAGCGUCCGUCUCUGUCUGCGUGUA